AUGUUCGAGAAUUACGACCUCACCUUCCCCGACCAACCCACCGCCGAUCUCUACCUCCCGAUAUGGGCCAAGCUCCCGGCCUUCCGGCGCAAGCCGGCCUUCGUAUGGUGCAACGACGGCGCCGAGGCCGCGUCGAUGACGUUCGAGGACCUCGACGCGUCCGUGCAAUCGAUUUCGUCGCGGCUCUCGCUUUCGCUCCGGCGGGGCGACACCGUUUUGAUCUUAUGCCCGCCGGGGCUCGAGCUCGUCGAGAUCGUAUUUGCAUGCAUGCGGGCCGGGCUCGUCGCGGUGCCGGUGACCCCUCCGUCGUUCCCGGACGGAGAUCACCGUCACCUUAUUAGAGCCGUGUUGCAAACGCGGCCGAAGGCCGCGAUUGCGACGAACGGAUAUAUAGACUGUGUUUGGUCGUACGAGGCGGAAAAUGAUAACCGCGUAUCUCGACUUCUACGGAAACUUGUAUGGAUCGGCGCGGAGGGGCUUAAGGGGGCGAAAAUCGGCGACGGGUUACCGGCGCCGUAUCGAGGGUGUCGAGCGAAAGAAGUGUAUUUGAUUCAAUACACGUCGGGGACGACGGGAAAUCCGAAGCCGGUUUUAGUAACGGCCGGCGCGGCGGCUCAUAAUGUUCGGGUCGCGAGAAAGGCGUACGAUCUUAACCCGAAUAGCGUGAUCGUUUCGUGGCUACCGCAAUACCACGAUUGCGGUUUAAUGUUCUUGCUUCUGACUGUCGUAUCUGGCGCGACGUGCGUGUUAACGUCUGCAAGCGCGUUCGUAACCCGGCCGAGGAUUUGGCUCGAGAUGAUCACUGAGUAUAAAGCGACGUGCACGCCGGUCCCGUCGUUCGCUUUGCCGCUCGUCGUAAGGCGCGGGGAUACUAAUAAAGCUGGGACUUGUUCGUUAAAGCUUGAUAGUUUGAAGAAUUUGAUCAUCAUCAACGAGCCUCUUUACGGGGCUCCGACGGAGGAAUUCGUCAAAGCUUUCGCGCCGUUCGGGUUGAGUCCCGGGAGCAUAUCGCCGUCUUACGGCCUCGCCGAGAAUUGCACGUUCGUGUCGACGGCUUGGCGGAGCGGAAAUGGCGAAAAUCUCCCGAUACACGACGGGCUAUUGCCAAGCGCGAAGAUGGAUGAAAUAGAAGAAGAGAUCAAGAUGGUGAUCGUGAACGAAGAUACGUUCGAUCCGGUUGAGGAUGGAGUUGAGGGUGAAAUUUGGAUUUCGUCACCGAGCAAUUGCGACGGUUAUUUAGGACACCCGACAUUAUCGCGCGAAACGUUCCAUGCGAGGCUUAAAAACUAUUUAACCCGAUCGUUUGUCCGAACAGGGGAUAGGGGAAUCAUCAUAGCGACAUGCGAACGAUAUUUAUACGUAACGGGGCGAUGCUCGGACAUAAUUAGGGCAGCCGACGGGCAGGAGAUACAUCCUCAUCGCAUCGAGACAUCGGCUUACGACAGCUGCCCAGGGCUGCUCAGAGCCGGCUGCGUGGCGGCGUUCGAAUCGUUAGGAUGUGUAACGGUCGUGGCUGAGCUGCGGAGACCGGUGGCGGAGAAGAUAAUUUUGGCGGGAAUAUGCGAAAGGAUAAAAGAUUCCUUGGCGGGAAUCGAAGUAGGAACGGUGGUGGUUGUGCAGAGCGGGAGCAUUCCCAAAACGACGUCGGGUAAGAUUCGAAGAUGGGCUGCUAAGAUUAAAUUGGAAAGAGGAGAAAUGAAUGUGGUGUUUAGAACAGAGUUUCGUAACGGUACUUUUCUUGCAACGUUAAAGUCGUCGUCCAGAUAUAGUAGUCCUUCCGAUUUGUUGUCUUCUCUGUAA